AUGUUCCAGGUGCCACGUCCAUCCGAUGCGGCAGCAAAGCCAGUUCGUGUCAUUUCAGAAGGAAUCCUCGGUGCCUACGGCGGUUCUAGCCCGAUUGGCUACACGUAUUCAAGCAGCUUGGUGCCAGUACUGCACAGUGCGAUGCCAUCCAGUGUGACUGCAGAUGACAACUUGACCUUGGUCAUUAGCAACAUUCGGACCUACAACUCGACGGGUUGGAUUCAGGACGUACAAGUGUUGUUGGGAGAGGACGCAGGCCAAUGCAAGGACUUGCAUGAGGUAUCGGAGGAACAGGGCAACAUCACGGUGAUCUGCAGGUUGGAGAACGCCCGGGCUGGAGAGCACGCCGUGCAUCUCAUCUCCAUCUCACAGGGGCAGGCGGACCCAUCUAAGGCUCCGACCGUGUCUGUGGAACCGGUGAUCGAGGAGGUGACUGGACUGCUCGGAUCUUUGGCUGGUGGAACUGUCCUCACCGUUGUCGGCGCCGGACUGCGUGGACUGACAUGCUCUGAUUUAUUGGUCGCCGGCGUACCGUGCACGGUGCCGGCGGCCAGCAACAUCCAGGUGAUGCUUCAGAACUCUAGCCUCGCAUGUUUGACUCCAAGCCUUGGCAGCUUCGAUGCAUCUACAAGUCCUGGCACUUGGACUGAUUCGAAUGCGCCUGUGACCCUAUCGCAGCCACCUGUGAGCGCGGCGACAGUACGGGCAACCUUCACCUAUGCAGCGAGCCAUACUCCACUGCUGUCUGGUGUCGAUCCGCCUUUCUACUCUGCGGCUCUGAGCACCACGCUGCAACUGAGCGGCAGUGGCCUGGAUUCCGCAGAUGGUGAAAUGGCUUUGCCCGUGGUGGGCUUUGGAUCGCGGACGGCUACGGUGACGGGACAGGCCAGCGCAAGCUUGGACAUCUGGCUUCAGAGGGCUGCACCGACUCCACCGGAGGAGGCCGUGACCAUUCCUAGCGCCUGGAUACCUGGAAAGGGCUUUGCAGCAGUGCCUCCUGGGGUGACCUUCGAGUCGCGUUUCGAGGUCACAGCAGUCAGUCCAACUAGUGCUUCGAAGGCUGGAGGUGUGGUCGUCACCAUCACGGGCGCAGGCUUCCACCCUUUGGGGGCCAACAGGCAUACGGUGACCUUCGAGCUACCUUCCGGUGCGUCCCGUCCUUGCGAGGUCUUGGGUGGCAGCCAGACCGAAAUCCAAUGCCGGCUGCAAGGAGGUGCCACGGCAGCAGCUCUUGCCUCCAUGGCAUCUGAAGACAGUGAUGCUGGAAGUGGGGGUCCAGUUGACAGUGGCUUCAUGCGGCGAUUGUCGGACAGGCCAAAUGGAAACAAAGAGCUGCGCUGUCAAGCAGGGGCUGAUGAUCACUCCAAGGUCCGCUGCUUCGCGUUCGCGCUGGCUCGGUCAGGGAGCUUGCGCUCGCUGCCCUCCAACACGAUGUCAGGUCGGGUCGACCAGGCCUUGGACUUCAUUCGUCGGGCAGAGGAAACAGGCGCCAACCAGCAGCUUGCUCCGGAUUUCGUGGACAACAGCGAUCCAGAUCUCGGAGCAGAGGAGCUCGUGCACGGCCCUGACACUUACGAAGGAGAGGUGGCCAGGCGAAUGGAAGCUUCUGCGCAGCCCGCUUCUUCAGACUUCGUAGGACUGCGACGAUGGGGAGUCGAAAGCGACGAGGCAGAAGACUUCCGAUUGGGCCAUCUUCGAGCAAGAGUAAACAAGGUGGCGACAAGGAGGCAAGCUAAAGUUAGCUGGACUUUGAGAAGGCUGGCAGCCGACGACGACAAUGACACAAACUCGACCGACGACGAGGAAGAAGAGGAAGAGCCUUUGGACCCUGUUGACACUACUGAAAGACUUCUUCUGCGCCUCUCUCUAAAUGGUGUCCGACCACUUUGCCGAGUUGGGGACGGCUGUGGCUUAAAUUUGACGGAUGAGUCUACGGCGGUGGUGACAUCUGUGACUCCUCGCAACGGCUCUUACGCCGAAGGUGUUGUUGUGACGAUUACGCUUGCCAGCCAGCAGAUGCCCGACAAUUUGCAGGUUUUCUUUGGCGUGCAUGAGUGCCCGAAUCCCAGCAUCAGUGCCGGACCACAAAGCAGCACAUGGGUGGUGACCCUCCCUGUUUGUGCUUUCGAAGCUUCUGACGUCCCGGUGUAUGUCUUGACGAGUACCGGGUAUGCUGCUCAGGCCUCGCCUCACACAGGUGCAGCUUUCAAGUUCCAGCAAUUCCUUCAACUCUUUUCCAUCAUGCCAGGUAACGGGUCCUUCUUCGGCGGGACGGUUGCAAACAUCACUGGCGCCGGCUUUGGCCCGACCCCGUCAACAAAUCAAGCAACUAUCGGCAAGGUGCCCUGUGAGAUCUUCUCAGCCUCUCACGACCAGCUCCUCUGCUACGUGCCAGCUGCUCCGGCUGAGCUUAUGGAUGCAGACGAUGUUGCGAGGACACAAAAUGUUACUGUCCACGUGGUUACGCCGGCACAGCCUCGACAACCAGGCUUGUGGGGCGAAUACUUCUUCUUCGGUCAGGGCAGCACAUUCCCCAACUUGAACGACCGAAUUCCUGACGUCGAACGCGUGGAUCUGACAGUAAACUUCCCGGAUUCUGAUGACAAGUGGGAGGGUCUACCAUCUCGCUACCAAUACGCUGUCAGGUGGACCGGCUUUUUGAGUAUUCAGGCUACAGGCUUUUACACGUUCUACCUCGGUUCGGAUGAUGGCAGCCUGCUGUACUUGAAUGGGGCCCUCGUGAUUGACAAUGACGGUCUUCAUGGAUUCCGAGAACGCAGCACUACAGAGACGCUCCUACAGGGUGGCAGCAUCCAUGCAGUGUCUGUGUUGUUCUUUCAGUCCGGUGGGGCCAGUGGCUGCGUGUUGAAGUACCAAGGACCAGACACCGGUGGUCAAAUAGUUGUCGUGCCAUCGACCGUACUAAGUCAUGCAAGGUACCAAGAGGCACCGGUGUUGUCCUACAUGUACGAUCGCCCAAUCACAGCGCCCACCAUCGAAAACCUGACAGAGUCAUCUCCGACUGAAUUGGUUUUGGAGGGUUACCGCUUUGGUUCAUCGCCGGGGAAAGUUGCUAUUGGGACGGCAAGCAAUCCAGACGCAAACUUCCAGUGUGUGCCGACGAGCUGGGAUGACGGAAGGGUUGUUUGCGAUCGUCCAGAGCUCCCGUCCGGUUCAUGGCAGGUUCGGUUGUACUCUGAAACGGAUGGCUGGUCGAAUCCGGCACCGUACCUACUUUGGGUACCCCUGACUGUCUCAUCGGUUGAGGCAAACGACAACUCUGUGGCCACGGAUUCUGCUGCGGAUCCAUGGGUGCUCAUCAUGAAGUUUGCCGACGGGGGCCUUCUAGGGUACGAUUCGGAGCUUUGGGGUAAUGUGGAGCUCCUCAACGAAGACUCGCCUGAAGGGGAGCCGGUGAAUGCCAAAUACCCGGCUUUCCUAAAUGUCCCAUUCACGCGACUGCGUGCCUGUGUUGGCAGUGCGCACGGCCAUUGUGUUCACCACAAGUUCGAUACACCUUGGUCCAGCGCCCUGGAGCUCUUCUCGGCCGGCUAUGUGCGGGACCACACAGUCGACCAAGCUGGAAUGGUCCAAGCCCUGGGUGCAAAGCCUGGCACGUACAGGGCCUGCCCGAUGCUCAUGCCUGGUUUCAAUGUGAACUGUCCCGGCAACAACAGGGCACGCUGGGGUUACUGUGCCAACUGCCCAAGCAAGACCUGCCGCGACGAGUCUCAAGCCGACGCUGCCAUUGGAAUCGGCCUGCGGGGAGAGGGCUCAGCCGCAGUUGGCGCAGGCUGGACGGACGCCUUCGCCCCCGGAGCUGGCUCAUGCUCUUACACCAGCGAGACAUCUCGAAACGUGUGGCUUUGGGUUACGAACACAAGUGCUACCCCGACAGGAGUGCUGCACAGCGGAUUCGGUGGCGGUGUGAACAUGACCGUUCGCGGGACUGGACUCGGCUUCGCCGCUGCUCAGACCAAGAUAUCGGUCUGUGGGGAGGAUUGUCCAGUCAGCACGAGUGAUGGGUCCUCUGCCACCUGCACUGUGCCUGCAAUGACCAAUCUUGACUUGGUGGAUGCCCAGCCAGAUUCUUUUCCAACAGUUGACUUGGCACCUUCCGCUGCGAAAUUUUACACUGAUCGUGGGGAAGCAGAAUCCACCUAUGCUCGUUUGGCCUUCACGUCGACUGUGGAUAGACAAGUAGAUCUGCCGAACACACGCAGCGACUGUUGGUUUGCUUUUGAGUUGCCACCAAGUAAAGAAGCCAUCAUUACAGCAGUUGACUUUUUCCCUCCAACCGAUCCACACAGGAGGCAGAAGGUGGCAGAGUCAGUGUUUGAAAUGCGUAGUUUUUCUGGCAAUAUUUCCUGGGAGGAGAUUGGGAGCGUGAGAGACACGGUUCAGACAGGGUGGUCCAUCGCACAAGGGUGGACUUCCUACCCUGUGAAUGGUUCUGGGCCGAAUGGUACGGCCAUAGGUCAGGCAUUCCGCGUGCGAAUCCUUCCAGAUGCCUGCAGCUCCCUCGGUGAGCUGAUGAGAGGUGUCCGCUUCAGGGGCAUCUUGCUGAACACUGGCGAUGCAAGUGCUUGUCCGAUCGAAGUAGAACACAUCUCACAUCCGCUGGCUUCCUCCACAGGUGGAUCCGCAUGGCUUCCAGUGCAGCUGUCUUACAGCUUGGAGCGGACACCCAUCCUUUCGUCCAUGACUCCGCAGCGUGGCACGGCUCGCGGUAACACGCUCGUGACUCUUUUGGGUGAAGGGCUCGAGCCGUUGGACUCGGCGGGUUCGCCUGUGUCAGUGACAUCAGAGAAUGCCCAGAUAUUGCUAAAUACGUACCCCUGCAUCCCACAGGAGAGCAACAUGUCUGCACUCAGCUGUAUCACAAGCGAGCGAAACAACGGCAUCCAGCCUCCUUCGACAGUGCUGUGGCUCGCCGGAAGAGGAUAUGCCAUCAUCUCCGAAAGAGCAGAGGACACCGUCUUCAGGUAUGUUGAUAGGUGGAGCAACGUCUUCAGCUGGUUAGAAUCAGAACCACCCGUCGACGGUGACAGCGUUGUCGUGCCUGAAGGUCAAGCAAUUAUGUUGGAUCAGGACUCGCCGCAACUCUUCUUGUUGCUCAUCAGUGGUUACUUCGAGUUUGACAGAAAGGAUCUGAAACUGGAUGCAACUUAUAUCUGGAUUUCCGGAGGAACGUUCUGGGUAGGCAGUGAAGAGGCACCAUUUUUGAACCAGGCAACGAUUACACUGCAUGGAGAUCGCUGGCACACAAUUGAGCUUCCUGUCAUUGGCUCCAAGAUGCUUGCCGUCACAGACCUUGGAGGAUUCGGAACCUGCGCUGCCAACCACCAGAUGACCGUUCGCCUCUCGGCACGCGGGAAGCACUACGUGGACCCGUGUCCGGUAAAGCUGGUAGGAAGGAUGGAGCUACAUGGCCGGCCGAGUGUUUCCUGGACGCGACUGGUGGAGACAGCGAGUGCAGGUGCUACCCUCCUUAAGCUCGAGGAGCCGGUGGACUGGGAAGUUGGAACGGAGAUGAUCAUCACCCCAAGCAACAGGGGUCAGGACGAGGUUCGCAGGGUGAAGAGCGUUCAGGAUGAUGGCUACACUGUGGAGUUGGACAGCCCCUUAAGAUGGGAGCACUUGGGAAUCUGGUACUUCAAUGAUGAAAUUCCCACACCGACGGAUCUGCGUGCAGCAGUGGGACGGUUGAACAGGAAUGUGAAGGUACAAGGUGAUGAGAGGUCACUGGGUUAUGGAAACGCUUACAUGUUCGGCGUUCAUGUUGGUGCCUUCCAUGGUGGUGUUAUGCGAAUCGAGAACACCGAAAUUACCCGGUCUGGACAGGCCGCCAACUUCGGACGCUACUCCUCCCAUUGGCACGUGCUGUCCCCCCACAGAACCGUGGAUGUGGCCGACAUUGCUUACUUGCGGAACAACUCCUACCACCGGACCUUCCAGCGAGCGGUAGUGGUGCACUCCACCGAUUUCGCAAGGGUGGAGCACAACGUGGCAUGGAAGACCAAAGGACAUUCCUACUUUACUGAGGCCGGAGACGAGGUCUUCACGUUGUACAACCACAACCUGGCGGUGCAUCCUCUGCAGCACCCGCUGCUUCUGGAUGAUGACAUGGAUCCUGCCGGUUUCUGGAGUCCCGGAUUCACCGGGUGGCACCGAUCCAAUCUGGCUGCAGGCUGCCAUCGCGGCUGGCGUGUGCGCUUGAUCUCGGGCCCAGCAGGGUCACAGACGGACCUGACAUUCUUCAACAACUCGGCCCAUGCCAGUGGAUUCGGGUGGCAUUUAAAGCCCCCUCAUGCUCCCCCAACGUUGAAUGUGUUUCAAAAUUUCACGGCCUUCCGCUGCUCAACGGGCAUGUUCUACUAUGGUACCGGAAACAUAUUCCACGAUGACCACAGGUUCAUUGAGUGUGGUACCGGCCACUUCAUGAACCAUCUCAGCAACGGACCGCAUACAGCACCUUUCUAUCACAACCUGGUGUUGGUGGGCAACAUCGAUCAAAAUCCCACCUUCUCACGUGGUGGAGUUGGUGUCAGAGGACCCAAAGACAACGAAUACUUCUAUGUCUCGGGACUGACUGUAAUCAACUAUUUCCAGUCGGCUGUGCUCCACGGCUGCUUCGAGACAACUUGCACGAUGAGAUACGAACGGAUCCGGUGGUUCAACUCGACCCGGCGCACCUUCGGUUAUUCCGGUCAAUCUGGAAUCUACUGGGACAUGGAUGGAACUUUAACUGGCUACACAAAUGGCUUCGUGUCACUCAAUUACGAGUAUAUGCACUUCCCUGGAAUUUGCUCCGUCGUUGAUGAGCAUGUGAACGGUGUUAUGUGUGGGGCAUCAGACGGCUCAGUGCGAGUGAGACGCCUCCUGGCAAAUGAGCAGCAACCUUGGCAGCUCGACGGAAAAUUGAUGAAUGUUCGAACGUCGGCUGGGUUCGACCAAGUGAAGUACGACACGAAGAAGCUCAGUGGUUGGCCGGUUAUCGUGCUUGAGAAUGAGACUUUCGACAUGCGCGUCGAUGAUCCAAAUGAUUUCCAAGAGCUGGCUUUCCUGUAUUCUACCCGUCCUUAUGUCAUGGAAAGCCUGGGGUACAUAUACAACCAGACCACACCUAUGGACGAAUCGAUCAUUGUGCACGUGAACUUCACAGACUGGCGUGAUCAUUAUGACGCUGAUGCGUCAACAGCGCUUCGGCUGGACCGCAUGCCCACACGAGAUGACCCAUUCGGUUCGCACUCGAUGAUGCUGUGGCAGGACCAAUGUGAUGAGUUCAACCUGACAGACGAGGUGUCGGACAAGUGUGGCGUCUACGUGAAUGACACUGGCCUGGCGUUGAAGGCGGAGAUUGACAGCCAGCCCACCGUAGACAUGGUGCACGGUCGCUUGACGACAGUUUUUACAAUGAAGGUGCAGGAGGGCACGCCCGGUGGCUCCUUCAGGAACAAAUUCUUUCCUCGAGAGUGCCCGAAGAGUGGCUGCCCGCAACCGAACGUUGUGGGACCAGGAGGACUUAGGCCACUCAGGCGCUGGUCAGAUCCGGAAGGCUGGCCUGAUGGCAAGCUGCCUGGGGAAAUGGAUAAUGUCGUUCUUCCACCCGACGACAAUGUGCUGCUGGACAUCGAGACGCCCAAGCUGCAUUGGCUUGAUGUUCAAGGGCGUCUGGAGUUCGACCGCACGGUGAACACAACCCUGCAUGCUCACUCGGUCAAGGUUUGGGGCAUCUUCGAAAUGGGCACGGCAGAAGAGCCCAUACCUCCGGGGGUCAAAGCGGAGGUGGUUCUGUGGGGCGAUGAGCAGUCGAUCACCGUCAUCAUGGUGGAAGGCCUUUUCUUGGUCAACAAGGUCAUCGCGGUGCUUGGGCAAUUCUCUGCCGUUGGAAGUCCGAGCGUCCACAGCCAGGCGUGGACGCGACUUGCUACAACUGCUUCGGAAGGCGCAAGAGAACUCACGCUUCGUGGAAAUCAAAGUGACUGGCCGAUGGGAUCCCAGAUUGCGAUCUCGGCAACGGAGUUCCCUCAGCCUCCGGCUACGACGGAAACCGAGGUGCGCCAAAUCGCCAGCAAGCCAGUUUAUGAUGCUGUGUCAGAUACAACGACAUUCAGCCUGGACACGAACCUUACAUUCCGUCACUUCGCGGGGGUCGUGGACAGCAGCGCAGAAAACACCCAAUGGCCUCGACCAGUUCUCGCUGCCGCCGUUGCGCUCCUGGACGGUCGAUCCAACGUCGUCCUGCGCACUGGAGAGGCAGACACCGACCAUGGAGGCGAACUUGUCAUCGCUGGAUCAUCAGACGGCAGAUGGGAAGGAAUUGCCAACGUGAGCAACAUAGAUUUCGUGAAGAUGGGCAAGCAUCUCUACCAAGCGCCGGCUUUGAAGUUCAAUUUCUUAGGGGGACAGAACAACAUGUCCUCUGUGGAAAAUUGCGUCUUCAGCCACUCGCAGUCUGGUGCCAUCGAGGCCAACCACGUGUCCCAUUUGCGCAUUGUGCAGAACGUGUUUCACCGGACAUUCCGGAGCGCCGUGUGGCUCCGUGACACCUGCCGGCAUGACUCGAUCGUACUGUACAAGAAUAUUGCAAUCGAGACCUUCCGGCAUCCGCGGGAGAGUCGAGACUGGAUCCGACAAUUCGGUUCCUUCUUCCUGGAGGUGCGUCCAGGAGAGUUGGUGGGCAACGUUGCUGCAGGUUCCACGGACACUGGCUUUAUCCUGCGGCCUCAGCUGCAGACUUGCCAGAAGGGCGACGCGGGCACGGCCAAGUUGCAGCAGGACGAGAUGAACGAGGCAGUUGCCGCGAUGACCGGCAUGUUCAUCCUGAGCGGCUGCCAGGGGACCUGCAACGAGUGCGCUCAGAUUCACGGUCUUGUGGCCUGGAAGAAUGCACAUGCAGGCAUUAUCACCGCGGAGCAAACAGCGAAUGUCAGGUUGGACACAGUCCUUGUGAGUGACAACCACAUCGGAGUCACGAUGCGGUUCCUCCGACCCACGACAGACAUGGAUCACCGAGUCUACUCUUACAACAUGACGGUCUUUGGAUCCACUGCUGCCUCUACUUGUGCAGCAUCUAUUGAUUGUCGUGCUUACGGUGAAGAAGACACAGUCGGCGAGACCUGCAACUCAGUGAUUGGCAGCGCCUACCGCAGGGUUGGCAUCAUGACGCACAUGAUCAACAAGAUUCCGAAGCUAUGCGAGGCGGGCAAGCCCGGCCCAGCCUGUCGUCCACCAACGCUGCCCCUGAAGUUGUGUGUCAUGCCAUGGGAGCACCGGAUAGGCAGCCUCGGUUCUCGAUACUCAGAGGCGCAUUGGGAUGGAAUCACGUUUGGACAUUUCGCUGCCGACGACUGUGGAAGGCCUUCCAUAAGUUUCACGUACAAUCCCACCAACGUCGACACCGCGUUUCCGCAGUUGUUCUCCGAAGUCAACUGGCUCCCAUCUGUGGAGGCCACCGCGCGAAUGUGGAUCGGCGAGUCCAGCAUCACUCACAACAAGGUUCGGCUGACCGGAGAUCUCGAUGGUGCAAACCAGAUGACUCUGACGGAUGUGGAUGGUACACUCCUGGGAUCGUCGCAAGCGGAUGGAUCUUUGGUCACCGUCUACAAUCCGGGGCUGGCAGAGCAAAGCUGCACGGAAUUUGGUGGCAGCUACUACAGCUGUCCUGAUCUGCGGCUGCGCUACAUGACCUGGGAGGCAGUUGGAGGUCCAUCCCACCGUGUCCUCAGCAAGUUCAAGGCCUGGAGAGCCUCCGAUGACCGCUCUACUUGGUCUGCGGGUCCACAGCCUGACAAGGGUUGCAUUCCUGACGAAGCUGAGCAAGACCGAAACUGGAAGAUUCGUCCAAAUGACAUGUACAACCUCACCAUGUUUACAUCUCCACCAAAGCACCAUCGAUUGUUCUGGUUCAACGACAACCAGGACGAAGCGAUCCGACUUGACAUCUUCUUGACCCAGCCAUUCAGACUGGAGGUUUAUGUUGAUGGCGCCCUCAUGCCGGAAGAUUCCUACGACACUGCCAAGCUGGAGCCUCCGCGAUUGCCGGAGCUCUCCGAUGCGCAUGGGUCCUAUGCCUUCGAUCCGCACGCGCGUCGCUUCUAUGUCAUUAUGAAAGGUGGAGUUUUUGGUGGUCGCGCUGCCACGAGGGGCGGUGGCUUCAUCCUGCUGCGCCUUCUGCAGGUGGUUCAGAUCUCAAUGACCGUGGCCGUGCCUUUCAGCACCUUCGACGGAGAUGCCGUGAUCAACAACGUGGCAACGCUGCUGCAGAUCGACCCCUCGCGCAUCAAGAUCGUCUCUGUGCAGAGCAGAGCGGAAGUUGCUGCCCAAGGAGGACGUCUGCUGCAGGCUGAUGACGGAGUGUCUCUAAUCUUCCAGAUCGUGGAGCCGAAUCCAGAGCCCGUGCCUGGAGAGGCUUUCUCUGAGUCUGGAGCCCCGCCUCCGAAUGGUUCUUCCUGGGAAGACGUGGUUCCGGCGGCCCCAGAACCAAACGAGACAGCCCAGAACCAGACCACAGGAGAGGACUCCACAGAGAACGCCUUUGAGUACAGCGAGCAGGGCCUUCAAGAGUUAGCAACUCUGGUGCAGGUCUUGCAAAAUGCUUCGGAAACCGGGGCCUUGUCACAAGCCCUGAACGCAGACGUCAUCAUCGAGAGUAUCGAGCUGACGGAUACCACUCAGCCCGAGGCUGGACGCCUGAAGCAGUCUUUGAUCUGUCAGUCUCUUUUGCCAGGGCUCCAUGGCCCUCGCUCCACGCUCCUGCUUGCUCCCUCCGGCUCUCUCUCGCGUCUCUCUCUCUCUCUCUCUCUCUGUCUCUGUCUGCGUCUCGCCUAG